UUUGCUUCAGUUGUCAAAAAUGCCGUCAAAACAAUUUUUGCAGUGACGUAUUAAACAAAUGUUUAUAUUUUUUAUUUGAACUAAGCAAUACCCCAAGUUUGAGAUAAUCACAGCCAACCCCAGCAAUAAUACUUAGUGAAACUCCAAUUUGGCUAAAUACAGUAUUGGUAGGAUUACCAAAACCCGACUCAUCCUAACCUCAAUGCUCUGAAUUCGUGGGAAAUGUCUCCAGAAAUCAAUGGAAACCCUCCAAGUGUCACCAAACGGAAGAAAAAUCGCGAGAAGAAGCCUCAGCCAACACCAACUUUAAAUCCUCUCGAAUUCAACAUGUCGCACUGCAGCUACUUUCCCACAAACCCCAAUAACUUUCACAACAUAAGUAUCCCUGAUAUUAGUGCUUAUUACUCGUAUUUGAAUUACCCGAACCCGUCCGAGCCCAUGUCCCUGCCCGUCUAUCCCAUCAACUACCCCAAUUAUUUCCCCUCCAACCCCAAUCUCAAUUUUCUGAGUGCCACGAAACAGCCAAUUGUGCCUUCGGUUAAUGGUGACAAUAACGAAUAUCUGAGUCUGCCUGUGCCUAACGCCGACCAGGGUGAUGAUAUCAGUAAGAGAAGAUACUCAGAUCCAGGUCUUCCAAAUGAUAGUGAUGAUAGUGGAAGCUCAAUAGAUAGUAAGAUUGUUGAAAAAUUGACGCACCAGGUGAACGUCUUGAAAGAGAGCAACAGGAAAUUGACUAGGGAGGUCAUGGAGAUGAGGAUUGAGCUCAACAUGCUGAAGCAGCAACAAAGUUCCAGACAUUUCGACAGGGAGUAUGAGCCAGGCAUGUUGGCUGAUAUUAUAAGGGAAGUUAGGGACGCAGCUAGAGUUAGGGAGGACGCUCUGUUGGCCAAGGUUAAGCACAUGAUCGAGGAAAAGCAGCUGAGUAUGAACCAUUUGCAUCUGGUGAGCGAGAAGAAUCGCAACAACGACCGCAUUUCGAAAUUGGAGGAGCAGUUGAAAAACUUGAGCGUAAACAACUCGAGAUCUGAAGACGCUGAAGAGCCUUCACCGGAAGAUGGUGCCACCGCCCGCCAGGUCCUCGAGCUAGAGCGCGAGGCGCUCGUCCUGCGACGGGAGCUGCAAGAGACUCGCGCCAAGAAGGAAGAAGCCGACCAGAAACUGCUCCACAUUGAGCCAAAUUUCGAGAUGAUUUCAUGGCUGGACAAGAAAUUGUCGAGCAUCUUGCGACGAAAUGAUAUUUGCACGUCGGACGCCUCCGAAGAUGGCAAAACCAACUCAAUUGACUCCAUUUCGGUGACGACCACAUCGUCCAUUUCGCAGGCCGUUCCGAGAGUCACCUUGUCCGGCCCCGUCACUGAUUUAUGAUUUAUUUAUUAGCAGCAAUACGUUUUGAGAGAUUUUAAAACAUUUUAACAUUAUUUAAACUGCAUUAAUCCUAAGUGCUAUUUUAUCAAGCUUUGGAAAUUUAGAUAUACGGAACAUUAAGAUACUGAUGAUCUGUACACAAAUAAGGUAAAUACCGUAUUUUGUUGUAUCUACACGUGCCUGCAUGUCUGGAAAGUUGUAUUUAUUUUUGUUUUCAAGCGCCAAAAAUUCUAAGGUUGUGGAAACAUUCCAUCCAAUAUUUAGUAAAAUGUAGGGUAUAACCGUGCCUUCUUCGAAUGUAACGAAUUAUGCAAUUAUCUUUUUACCUUACUCAUUUAUUCUGCCAUAAUUAAGAUGUACAAUUUUUUUUUUGCAACACUGCCUAACUGAAGUAGAAAUCGAGUACUUAAGCAAGGCAUAUUUUAGUUGAUUGAUUGUAACAUUCCACUGGGAUUGCUAGAUCUUACGGGGACGAGUCGAAUUGGUUCCCAAAUUCUGUAAUCCUCCCUAAUUAUAGUCGAAUUGGUUCCCGGGGAUGGUCGAACUGGUUCCCAUCGGUCAGGUAGGUCAGGUAAACAGAUUAAAGUAUUAUGAUAACAGAAAUGGCGUUUGUAAGUGUAUGAACAAAUUUACAAGUUCCAAAACGUUCAAAAACAAAUCGUAUUUUAACAAUUUAAAGGCUAUGGAUAAAUAUUUCUUCGAGUAUUCAAGUACUUCCAAAACGAUGAAGAAGGCGCAUAGAACUUAAUGGGUACUAUGUCGAAAAAUGUUAAAAUUAUUUUUGUAAUUUGUCUCUAUUUUGAUGCUUUAAUAGUAUUAAUAGACAUAUUAACGAACGCAACGUCAUCAUGUGAGAUGUCUUAAUAGUCAUUACUAGACGAAACAUUUUACGAAAUUUACAGGAGAGCAUUGGGCUUAAAAAAUUACAUUCUCCUUUUUUUAAGUAACCAGUUAGCCAUGAAUAAAUGAAAUUUGUUGUUGGAUUUUGUGCCAAGAAAAUAAUUAUUUGAACAUUUCUACAAGCUUUAAAUCUAAAAUAUUAACAUAUAUUUGGCUUAAUCCUUUUUACCUACCUGCUCAUGCGGGAGCCAAUUCGACCAUCACCCGGGAACCAAUUCGACCAUUACCUUUUACAGAAUUAUACUUAUAGAGAUUAUUGGGAACCAAUUCGACCACGACCAUCUUACGUUAGUUGUAAAAUACAGUCAUUUUGGGUUUGAUAUUUUCGCUAAUACUCAAAUGACUAAUGGUGUAAAACAUGACUGCUGCACCAGAAUGACUUAGAAUAGUGAUACUUAAUCCAAAAAUAAUAAAUACUUAUAUUUUUCUAA